CUCGCGGGCUCGGUGUUGACAUGGCGGCAGCCUUUGAAACUUCACUCCGUCAUGUUUCUCAAACGCAGGAUUCCCACGCAGUGAAACCUUGUUUCUCCGGAGCUGCAGCGAGCCCUGCCUGACACGGUGACCAUGUCAUCUCCAGACGGGCCCCGGUACUCCCAGGCAGAGUUCCUGGCCCGGUGGAUGCCGAGCAGCAACAGAGCCGGGGUGAUCCUCAACCCCAGUCCGGUUCUAGCCGGGUCCUCGCGGCUCACCCCUGCCGCGGGAUCCUCACCCAUGAAGCCAGACGACUCCUUCGCCUCAGACUUCGCCCCCCUGACCGCAUCGGCAGACAGCAGCUGCCUGGGUGCGGAUGGAUUUGCACAGACUCCUGGAGGAGGAGAAGUGAGGGCUGGGAGUGACAGGCCGUGGAACCAUCUGGCCUCUGUCUCCAGGAGAACUUCAGGUGGACAGGUGGAGAGUCUGGAUGAAUCACAGGAUGAGCCCCUAAUGAUGAGGCUAGAACAGUUGAGGAAAUGGCAGCAACACAUGCAGGAGGAGCUGAAGGCCCAUCAGUUAGAGGAGUUGCUACGUCUUCAGGCAGAGCAGCAGAGGCUGCUCGGAAUGAUGAAUGGAUCUGAGCACCGUGAAGGAGAUUACUCAGAGAGUUCAGAGCUAUCAGGAGCAGAAGAAGAGGACAACUCACUUCAGGGAGACUCUCAUCAUGGAGAGAGCCCAUACUGCAAAAACAUAAACUACUUUGGGAUCCCAACGAGCUCUGUAUGUGGCCUUCAAAAGGAGCAACAGCCCUCACCCUCAGGGAGACAGGAGUGGCUACCAAGAGUUCAAAUUCAUGAGGAGGUGGACAACAAGUACGAGGACUCUGGGAACUCCACUGAUGACCAGGAACAGAGAAAAGCAACGAGCCUUUUUCAGGAGCAUGAUGACACAUUAAUCCAAAGUAACGGUGUGGAUUUGACAGAAGACCAUGGUAGAAAAGAAGAUACAAUCUCUCAGGACAGACCUAUUCAACCAGGCAUCGGGGUUCACAAGCAGACGUUUGAGGAGUUGCUGGAAGAGCAACUAAGGCUGGAGGAUCAGAGGCUGAAGUCUGCUCAGCAACAACAGAGUCAAAAUGGAGCUGAAGCUGUACAAGCCCCUCCUAAGAGGGCCUUUCUGAAGCGAGGCGAGGGGCUUUCUAGAUUUACCAACAAUCGCAAAGCCUCAUUACCAAAAAAGGAGGUGAAGAAGGGCUCUAAACCACCACCCCAGGCCCGAGUAAUCUCCCGUAGUAAUUCUGAGCCUGCAUCUAUCCAGAAGGGUGGCACAAAUUGCACCCAGCGGGUUCCUGUCCAGCGUAAAACUGCCAUACUUAACAAGGAAAAUCGACUGAAAUGCUUCAGCUUGCUACCUCAGGACAUAAAAGCUGAAAGUAAGACUGUACGGACGGUUUUAGGUAGUUAUCAAAGGCAGAAUACUGAAGGAUCAGAAUCUAUUCAGACUGGCCCAGACUGCAGACAAACCAAACCAGGGCAAGUAAAGGAACAGAAUAACAGGACAGUGGGUCUGUCUGCUCAGACUGUGAGGAAACCUGGGCCUCACAACACGCAGCCAAACCCUGUAACCAAACAGGUGGGCAUGUUGGCAGGACCAGGGAGGGCUGAGAAUCACACAGCUAAAGAGAAGAGCUGUGGAUCAGAAGUGGAAUCGGCAGAAGGAAGAACAGGGUCCGUAAGAGGAGGAGUUCCGGUGGACUCGUUUAAUGUGUCGUUCCAGGAGAAGCUGCACCACUGGGAGUCUGAUCGGCAGCUGGAAAACAUGGAGCUGGGAGAGUUUGAGCUACUGGAACAGGCAGCUGAGGAGCUGUCCUUCUCAUCCAACUCUUCCUUUGUCAUGAAGGUUCUUCAGAUGGACCAGCAGCACCGGCAGCUGCAGGUCGCUCAGGGGCUCUACCAGAGACGGCUCUCCUCCACCCCCAUCAAGUCUCCUCCUAGAGGUGAACUCCAGAGGUGCGGUGGCGUUGGCGGCAGUGUUAAAACCAGUUCUGUGAACCCAGAAGCAGUUGUGGUGAAGACAAGAGAUGAUCCAAUCAAGAACAAAAUGAGCAAAGAGGAUCAAGAGGAACAGGACAUUGAGAGAAAAGACAAACAAGAUCACUCGGGUGUUGACUCUGAAUUUGAAGACCAGGAAGUGGUAGGGAAACCACCUUUGUUUCCCAGCACCCUCUGCUUCCCAGCACAGUCUAACCCACCAUACGAUAAGUGGUCCUAUCAGGACGAGGACAGUUGUAGAGCUUCAGAUGUGACACAAGAUGAUGAUGGGGAAAGCGACAGUGUGCUGAGCAAUCCUGAUGAGUCCACUCUGAUAGAGGACAGAGAUCGGCAGCAGGGGAGGGUUGUGUUUGAUGAUGACGACACGUGGAACAACACGGUGGAAACUCCCAAUGACAGUAGAGGAGUCAGUCCAGUUCCUGAGACAACAGCCAAUAGCGUCUCCCCACCAGUUCGGACUUUGUUGAGGAAGGUGGCAGUGAGCAAAGUUGUGGAGCUGGAUACGGGCACAGUAAUAGGUUCAGCCAAUCAGGAGCCAGAGCCUCCAGCUCCCCCGGCCUCCCAGCUCAUGACAAGGUUGUUUCCCUCGCUGAAGCCGAAGGUCCAGAAUCUCCCGCCUCCUCCUUCAGCGGCUCAUGAGCCCAAAAAACCAGAGGAGGAGACUGGUCAGCAGGUCCAGUCGAGACAGCUGAGGGAGAGAUUGGUGGAGCUGGAGAUAGAGAUAGAGAGAUUUAAGAAGGAGAAUGCUGCCCUCACUAAACUCAGACAGGAGAACGAGAAAAACCAGGAAAACCUCAGGAGGGAGCGUUUGGAGCUUGAGCAGACCAAGUUGGAGGAAAUGGCCAAGUUUGACGAGUACAAGAAAGAGGAAAACAAGAAACUGCAGAAAGAGCGCAAACUGUUUGAGAAGCAUGUGUCUGCUGCCAGAGCCAUUCCUGACAAGAAGGAACGAGAGGAAAUCCAGGCAUUGAAGCAGCAGCUGAGCUCCGUGCAGGAGGAGCUGCGGAGGAAGGAGAGCCGCUGGGGCUCCACACACAGCCGGCUGCGGCAGCAGAUCGACUCCCUCAGCCAGGAGAACAGUUCUCUCCGGGACGAGAUCCUUAUGUUGGAAAAGCUUCGUCUCAGUGCCUGGAAGAAAAACCCUGUCAGUGCAGAGAAGGACAAAGAAACUAAAGACGGCCUGAGAAUAUCUGCAAACCCUGUUUCAUCUGUUACCAAAGGAGUGAAAUUUGCUAGUCCUCUUGACUCUAGAGGAAGCAGCAUCACUGCAGCAGGUCGAAGGAGCUCCGCAGAGAGCAGUCAGGUAGGGAUGAAGAGCAGCUUGAGGAGGCCGUCAGGACCAUGUGCCUUCUCCUCCUCAUCCACUUCUACCUAUUCACUGCCGGGCAGGAGAACAGAGGAGAAGUCAACAGCUGCUAACAAGAGCCAGGACAAACCGCCAAACCAAGAACCGGAAAGCUGCUCUCCGAAAAGUGAUUCUCAGCCAGAAGAACCCGAGUGUAGCAAGACUGAAGAAGCAGAACCAGCGCAGGAGGUCAUCACACACCCUGAUGGGAAGACAGAACACACGCUGAGAGGUGGUGAUCGCCUCCUUGUUUACCCCAACGGCACCAAGAAGGAGGUUUCAGCAGAUGGACUGACGGUCAAGGUCACCUUCUUCAACGGAGACACCAAACAGGUCACAGCCGACCAGAGAGUGAUCUACUACUACUCUGACGCUCAGACGACUCACAUCACCUACCCAGACGGCCUGGAGGUCCUGCACUUCUCCAACAACCAGACCGAAAAACAUUUCCCAGAUGGUCGGAAGGAAAUCACCUUCCCAGACCAAACGGUCAAGAACCUGUUCCCAGACGGCCGAGAGGAGAGCGUGUUGACAGACGGGACCAUCAUUCUGGUCAACCCGGACGGCACCAAGGAGAUAAAUUUCAACACAGGUCAGAAAGAGAUCCACACGUCUGAGUACAAGAGGAGGGAGUAUCCGGACGGCACCGUGAAGACAGUUUAUGCCGACGGCAGACAGGAGACAUGCUACCCAGGCGGACGCCUCAGGAUCAAAGACAAAGAUGGGAACGUUGUCCUGGACAACAGGGCGUAGAGACACCGUCAAAGCCAACGUUACUUUUUCAAAAAGCACAGCGAGGCUACGUGUGAAACUCUACUGCACAUGGGUCCAAGGAAGCCGAUGAAAAUAUUUUUAAUUCUUUUUAAAUGCUAUGUUUUAAAAGUGAGAAAGUUGAGCCUCCUCACUUUAUGGAAACACGUUUACACCACUGUCCUAUUUCAGCCCUCAGUAGAAGUAGGUUAACUUUUUAAAUAGCACAUCUCAGCUAUCCGACCUUCACUACGUCUGUUUGUAGCAUCCGAUGUGUUUUACCCUUUAAAACACGAUCUUAUGAAAUGUGUGUUUGUUUGCAGUAAGUUAAAUUUGUAAAAAUUUUAAAUACGUAUUUAUUUUUCUUAGCUGACCAUAAAAUAAAUUUUAUCUUUGUUUUGUUAAUGGUUGUUAGGAUGAUUUAUUUCCACUUCAGAAUUGAAGCUGAAAUAUCCCAGGGUGGACUCUGCCCUCUUGUGGCCAAUGAUAUACUUGUUUGACUUUU